AAGAACUUGUUGCGGUUCUAGGAAAAAUUCGCGGUUGGCCUAUAGGAAUCUUGGGACGGUCGGCCCCUGCUCAACAGACCCCUCACCUGUUUCAUCCCGGGUCGUUCUUCGUCCCGGGUCGGUGUCGACGAGAUGUCGAGAGAGAUUUCGACGGACUGGAAAAAGUCGCGCGCGCGCGCGCUUUCCGGCUCGAGCCCCCGGCAAGAGGGCGAGGAGGCCACCGGGCGGGCUUGAGCGCGCGCCGCGCGCUCAAGCCGGUGGCCGAGGGGCGGAGGAGAAGCCGGCGGAGGGCAGAAUGACUGCGGCUCCGCCGGCGCAGGCGCAUCCUGGCGCGCACCCCAGAUGCCGCCAUCGGACAGCAAGAAGAGGAAGUCCAGGGGCGAAGGAGCCGCCGCAGACGCCGAGGGCCCCAGGAGGCGGCGCGCCAGCGGGGCGGAGCCGCCGCCGGCCCUGAAGGCGGAGGAGGACCCCGAGGAGAGGGAGCUGUUCGGAGCCCUGUCCGCGGCCCAGUCCGACUCUGACCACGCGCCGUACAACGAGGGCGAGUCACAGAUCCUCGACAACACCAAGGUGCCCAAGAGGUCCACCCAGCCGAACAAGUCGCCGCCGUUCCUGACGACGUACGAGCGCGUCCGCAUCAUCGGCCAGCGCGCGCUGCAGUUGAGCAUGAAUGCAGAGCCGAGAGUGGACCCCAAGUCCGAAACCGACCCCAUCGCGCUGGCCACGAUGGAGCUGGAGGCGGGCGAGGCUGGAGCGCCCCGGAGGUUCCUGCCGGACGGCAGUUACGAGGACUGGCGGCUCUCCGACUUCGCGUGGUGACCCCUGCAGGGGUGCCCGCGCGCGGUCGCCGCGCGUGCCGCCGCGCGCCCCGCGAGGGGGCGAGGACGGCACGACGGCGACCAGCGGGCGAA